AACCCUAAUUUGACAAUCAAGCAUUAUUCAUUAUGAAUCCAUCCAUGGCUAACCAAAAUCUCAUGCCACCACAAUCCACACCCUCACCACCACCACCAUUGUCAUUACCGCCGCCAGCACCACCGUCAUCGGUAACAAGAAAAACCCUAGCAACUAGCGCAGCAAAUCUAGCAAACCUUCUACCAACAGGAACAGUUCUCGUAUUCGAAACCCUAUCUUCUUCUUUUUCAAACAACGGCGAUUGUGUUACAGCAAACAGAUACCUAACCCUAACCUUAAUAAUAAUAUGUUCAUUAGCUUGCUUUUUCUCCUCCUUCACCGACAGCUUCGUCGGCAACGACGACAAGCUUUACUACGGUAUUGCCACCUUCAAAGGCUUGUAUGUGUUUAACGAUUGCGAUUCUAGCGACGGAUGCGGAGAAGAAGAAUUGAAAGAAGAUAAGAUUAAGAUGGAGAAUUUCAGAAUCAGUUUGAUAGAUUUUAUUCAUGCAUUUUCGUCGCUAAUUGUGUUCUUGGUUUUUGCUCUGAGUGGGUCUGAUGUUCAAAAUUGUUUCUUCACUAAAGCAGGACCUAAUGAGAAACAAUUGAUCACUAAUUUACCGUUAGGAGCGGGUUUAUUUGGUAGCUUUUUGUUCAUCAUGUUUCCGACUAAACGUAGGGGAAUCGGUUACGGAGAUAUCACACCAGCUCGUUAUCGUAAUCCGUCGAACUUAAAAGUUUAAGCUCAAUGUUAUUAAUAGUACGAAUUAGUGACGGUUCAUGGUUAUGCAUGCAUGGAAAAUUCUAUAUACCAAUGUGAGGACGAAGACUUAAAUAUAUACUAUAUGUUAUAUAUUUAAUUGUAAAUGGAAAUAUGUCUCGAUCUAUAGAAAUCCAAAUAGUCUGGACUUUGGAGAACA